AUGUCCGGGAAGACCGAGACGGCAACAGCGCUUGGUGCGGCCGCCGGAGCAGCUGGAUUUGGAGCUUCUGCGGAUACCAAAACGGCGUUACCACAACCGGUUUCGGGUGCACCAGCAAGUGGAGCCAAGGGUGGUCCACCGCCGGCUGCUGCUGUUGACGCAACCAAAACCGCUAUGGCGGCACCAUCUGCUGCUGAUGCUAAAAGCACCAAGACCGCUCUGGCAUCACCAACCGCUGCUGCUGGUGCUGGUGCCGGCGCUGGCGCUGGUGCUGGUGCUGAAGGUGGUGGCACCGGGGCUGGUGCGGACGCGAAGGGCGCACUAGUGCCAGCUCCUGUAUUAAAGGAUACCGGGGCCGGAGCUGCUGUUGAGCAGUACAUAUCGGCAAUGCUGCAGCCGGAUGCGGGCGGUGAAGUUCUGAAGGGUGGGCCCAGCAGACCUACUUCGGAGGUGGUGUCCAUGUUUGUCGCUGCCCCGGUCGGAGGAGGAGGAGGUGUGCAAUCGUAUCAGUUGGGCUGGGGACCAGGAGCCGGAGGUGCUGGCGGUCAAAAAGACCUGAAAUUCGCGUUCGGCAAUACGAUGGAUCAGCUCGGUAAGUUUUUGCGUUCUUUGAAGAGUGGAUACGGUGCCAUGAGAUCAGGUGUGAAUUGUACUCCUAAAAACUCACUGUAUUUGUGCUCGGCGGUAGUUGCCCUUUCGAUAAGAAAAAGAACCUCAGAAGAUCGUAGUUGA